CAGACGCGCCGUGCGUGGUUUCUAAACGCACUCAAGCGCAAAAGCGGUGUUUUGUUGACUUUUGACUUUGAGGUUAGGUUAAAUUGUUUUAGCUGAACCAUACCAUUUGCCGUUAAUUAAUUCUUUUAAGUUAUUAAAUUAAUUCACCAAAUAUGGCUGGUCCCAAAAAGAAGCCAAGGCAACCUACAAAAGCCGAAUCCGACGACUCAAGCAAUGAUGAAAGUGAUAAUGGCACAUACCAUGGUCAAAAAGAGAUUCAUGCGACAUUUGAAGGGCGUAACCCAGAAGGACAAGAUUUUCAUGGCAUAAAACAAUUACUGAAUCAGCUUUUCCUUAAGGCACAUAUAGAUCUUUCUCAAAUGAGUGAUUUACUUAUUGCACAACAUGGAGUAGGUUCUGUUUUGAAGCAAAGCUAUAAUGAUAGUGAUGAUGAAGAGGAUGUAGAUAUGAGUGAAGAAAAAGACGUGUUUGGUAUUACAAGUGUUAUAAAUUUGGGACUACAAAAAGAAACGCCUUGUGUACAACAAUUUUAUUCCCUUCUAGAAGAGUUAUCUAAAAAACAUGCAGAUGAGGAAAUUCAAAAAUCUAUUACCAAAAUUGUUAAUGAAACAAAGAGAUUAGGGUUUCUAAUAAAUGAAAGAUUUGUUAAUAUACCCGCGCAAAUUUCAGUCCCUUUAUUAAAUUCAUUAAAUGAUGAAAUUGACAGAAUAAAGAAAAAGGACCCUUCCUAUGAUUUUGAAUAUUUUAUUAUGAUUAGUAAAAUUUGUAAAACAAAAGAUACAGAUGAAGUAAUUUACACUAAUGAUGAAGAAGAAUUAUUUUCCAAGGAAGCUGAUGUUAGUUUCGAAUUUAAUGUUUCUAAUGAAACAGAUACUGGUCUUGCAGGUAGAUGGUUAGCCGAAGAUAAACAAGUUGUUCCCUACCGAAAAGUUAUCAUUUUUAAUGCUAACAAAUUGAGGAAUAUUAUUACAAAAAUUACUGCAUUUGUGCAAUCAUAAAUUGUGUCCAAAUUUAACUUUAUAUAUUUUAAGUUAAUGUACCUAUAUAAUUUUUUUAAUAAACAAUUGUUGAAAA